AUGGUUGUAUAUUUUUUUGCUGUUUUAUUAAUUGUAAUACCACACUUUAAGAUAGUCGAACCGAUUGUGCGCGAGUGGCGUGAUUAUCGGCGGUUGGGAGCAAUAUACGCUCGACUUAGCGAAGCUCUUGGCCGAAUUGAGCCAACAGUCUCGAUCACGGAGGAUGCAGCUGAUGUGUGGUUGUCACCGCUAGCGAGUGCUGAUAAGCGAUGCUUUGGCACAUACUUCCGCGUAGGCUUCUACGGCGCAAGGUUUGGUGAUUUGGAUGGGGAAGAGUACGUCUAUAAGGAAGGUCCAUUCACGAAGCUUUCUGAGAUAAGUCAUCGGCUCGAAUCUUUCUACACGGAGCGCUUUGGUAAAGAUGUCGUGGAAGUGAUCAAGGACUCAAAUAAUGUGGUGAGAAGUUCGCUUCAAUCCACGAAAGCGUAUCUCCAAAUCACUUACGUCGAGCCAUACUUCGACAAAUGGGAGAGAAGGAGGCGAUUAACGCAUUUUGAGCGCAGCCACAAAAUAAAGAGGUUCGUAUACGCAACGCCUUUUACUCGUGAUGGAAAAGCACAUGGUGAUCUGAAAGAUCAAUACAAGCGGCGAACUAUACUAUCCACGCAGCAUAGUUUUCCCUACGUGAAAACGCGUAUCAAAGUUGUUGAACGUGAGCAGAAGGUAUUGCAACCAAUUCAAGUAGCUAUCGAUGAUAUUGAGAAGAAGACAAGGUGA